CACUGAGCGCCGCUGGGCAUCACUGCAGUGCUCACCGGAGACAGAUCGCAGAGUCAGAUCACAUUCCAGCUCUUCCCAUACCUCGAUUUCUGUUGCUAUGGAGACUUCCAACGGGACUGAGACCUGGUACAAGAGCCUCCACGCUGUGCUAAAGGCUCUGAACACAACCCUUCACAGUCACUUGCUCUGCCGGCCUGGGCCAGGGCCAGGGUCAGGAACAGGGCCAGACAAUCAAACAGAGGAUCAUCGGGCUAGCCUUCCCGGCCGUAAUGACAACUCCUACAUGUAUAUUCUUUUUGUCAUGUUCCUAUUCGCUGUCACUGUGGGCAGUCUCAUCCUGGGAUAUACCCGUUCACGCAAAGUGGACAAACGUAGUGACCCCUAUCAUGUGUACAUCAAAAACCGUGUGUCUAUGAUCUGAUGUGAGGUGCCUGAGGACAAUGGAAGAUUAUGAUGUCUGAGGAUUGUCUUCUUGGGUCUCCGGAACUCAUCUCGACCCUAUCAAGCCACAGUACCUCUGUCUAUACAAGAUCAACGAGAAAUUGGUAAGAGAGUUAGGUCAUCACUGGGACCAGAGAAGAGGGGCUGAUAGGCCUGGUCUUCUGGAUGAGACAUUUUUCUAGACACAGAUGCGCAUUAUAAACUCAGAGCCCGUGAGCACACAUAUAAAAGUAUGGACAACCAACAAGUAGGAGAGGAAGCUGUGGUGAAGGGAAAUGGAGCAGGAAAAUGCUCUGGAAAUAUAAUCUUUUAAUGUAUGAUCUUUAACAUGAGAGAUCUUGAUAAAACAGAGAAUGCUACUUACUUGUAUCGAUUCAAAGUUUGUUCUUUAAAUAGCCUUAAUAUUUGUGGGUUUUGCCUCAUCUGCCAAGAAAACGGAACAAGUCCUAUGACUGGAAUCCAGGAACUCUGGUCAUUUCUUCUAGGACUUUUCAAUCCCACGUCGGGUAAGAUCCAGGCCAGAAGAACAUUCGGCCGAGCACAAUGAUGCAUGUCUACAAUUGUAGUGCUCAAGAGGCUGAGUGGGGAGGAUCAUUUGAGUUCAAGAGUUCAAGACCAGACUACUCAAGCUCUAUCUUGGAAGGGACUUGGUGGGGGCUGUUGAGAAAUAUCUUACUUUUACAAAUAUUACCAAAGACACGUCACUGUGCUAACGUA